AUGCAUCCUUUACCGGUCCCUAAGAAACAUGUUUCAUGGCAAACAUGGGGAUAUCACUGGCGCUCGUCCGAUACGUUUAUUCUCAGCAGCAUGUCCAUGGCACUGUUCACAGAUGAGAUGCUCUUCGCCUUCAUGGUCCCAUUACUCCCUUACAUCUUCGAGAACCGCUUAGAGCUAGACACGUCCCUCACCCAGCGAUUGACCUCCCUAUUUCUAGUUGAAGGAGCGUUGAUAUCUAUCAUCUCGAGUCCGUUUGUCGGGAAUAUAGCCGACCGGGCCAGCUCCAAGAAGGUCCUACUACUGGUGUUGCUGGUACUGACGCUGAUCAGCGUAUUAUGUCUAUCGAUCACCACAUCAUUGACCUGGCUUUUGAUCGGUCGCUUCUUCCAAUGCAUUGUCAGCAACGCAUUAUUCAUCGUCGGCAUGGCCACAAUGACCGAGAACAUCGGAUCAGAACAUAUGGGCAAGAUAGCAGGCUUGAGCACGACCAUAGUAGCAGCCGGUACAUGUUCCGGUCCCGUCAUUGCCGGGUUUCUCUUCGGAAUCGGAGGAUACUGGACAGCGUGGGCGGGCGCGGCUCUGUUCCUCGUCGUGGAUAUCAUUAUGCGUCUGCUCAUGAUUGAAAAACCACAGAAACGCCGCGAGACCGCUUGUCAAGAUCGAAAUAGCAGCGAAUCCCUAUGCGCCGAGGAGCAGACACCCUCGUCGGAAACAGAACCGCUUCUCGAUGCGGGUCAGUCGUCGAGUACAGAGGAAAUUGGCGGUUGGAGCUUCUACGUCUGUCUUUUCCGUCAGCGUCGCUUUACGGCGGGGGUUACUUGCUAUUUUGUCUUUGCGUUGUUUAUCGCCUGCUUUGAGUCGACGAUUGCCAUGCAUGUCCGGUAUGCUUUUGGCUGGGGCGUUUUCCCGGUCGGGCUUUUGUUCGCGUCUAUACAAGGACCGGGGAUGGUCUUGGCUCCUCUUGUUGGGUACUUGAAAGACCGUGUGGGAUCGAGGGUGCCUACUACUAUUGGGUUUCUCUCUGUUGCGCCUUUCCUGUGGUUUCUUGGAGUCGCUGGUGAUGAGCGCUUUCCGUGGGCUACGUUGGGAACAAGGGGUAAGAUUAUUUAUGCCGUCUGUACGACUAUGAUUGGGUGCUUUAUGUGCUUGCUUAUGGGUGUUGGGACGAUGGAAGCUACUGCAACCGUCGAUGAGUUGGAGGAUUUACAUCCUGGCGUAUUCGGUCCCUACGGAGGGUACUCUCGUGCUAUUUCAAUCACGAACAUGAGUUGGAUGUCCGGUCUACUAGUCGGACCCAUCUUGGCUGGGUUUAUGGUCGAAAGAUUUGGGUAUUUUGAGCUGCAGUGUGUACUUGUGGUUAUUUCCUUGCUGGCUAGCGCCAACGCUGCCUUUUACCUCCGUCCAACCAGUCCCCGGAAAGGAGAGUGUAAUACUAGUGAAUUUGGGACCGACGAAGAACUCUAA